AUGGGUGUCGACGUUGAUACUGCGCUAUUCAUCUCAUCAGUUAUUUGUUAUUUUAUUGACUUAAGUUCACAGGCCGACCCGUCUUCGAAGGGGCCCAGGAUGUCCGUCGCCCGAUGGCGCGGCGCCAGUCAUUGGACCAACACUCCUCUUGCGGUCGGAAAUCUCGAUUCUCAUCUCUUACCGAUAUUAACACCAUACGAAUUUUCUGAAAAUAAUGGUGUACAAAGAAUCCCAUCACCAGAAAGACACUCUUUUGGAUUUAAUCCAGGUAGUUCAUCCGUGUCACGGUUACCCGAUCAAUAUUCUCACCUACCUAGCACAAGUGCUAAGAAACCAAGCAAUAAACCACCAAAUAAAAUUAUUCGUUACCAGGAAAAAUACUUUGGAGUGUGGUUUCAUCCUUCAGGAAGACCGCGCGAAGUUCGCCUUUUAUAUGAAAAAAAUAUCAUUCCAAAUGAAGAAUAUUGCAGACAUCACGAUAUUGAGCAUCGUUAUGUCGACAUAGAUGGCGUAAAAUUUGUGGUGUACGUCGAGAAUGGAAAAAUUUUGGGAUCUCAGUAUACAUCUAGGACGCAUGUCCAGAAUGGAACAGAAAUAAAUGUUUCACAAGCAAAUAAGUUUCUUCCACGCCGCAAGGAUCGUCCAACUAGGUCUUUUAUUUAUAAUCACAAAGAAGUUGGGGUGUGGACUGAUUAUGCUGGAAAACCGCGCUCAGUUGGCCUUUUGUCUACGAAUAUAAUUCCAACUGUCGAAGAUCGUAUGAAAUACAACCUUAAUACCUUCGUAGAUCAUAAAGAUGGCGUAUAUUUUAUGGUGCACGAAUUAUUACCUAGUAAAAACAUUCUAGGAAUUGAGCUUGUAUCAGGAUCGAAAACAUCUUGAAAGUCUAUACACAAGUCGCUAUCGGAAAUUUCCCAGUGAGAUUUUGCAGAUUCAUGAAAGCUUCAGAUCGAUGCAUAUUAUCCAAUGGGUCUUAUACGGGAUCACACGAAUGGACUUCAGAGUAACUAAGAGUCAGACAAAUUAAAGAUCUAUUCGUUAUAAAACAAAUAAGUUGUUUGAAAUAUUGUAUUGUUAGA